CUACACAUCAUUAACACCUAUAAGAUACUUAGGGGAUAAAAUUAUUCAUCAAAAAUCAAGUUAUUGCCAGUUUUUCUACGUACGAAUUAGUUAACGCAACUGACAGCCGAAGAAGUAAUAGACAUACAAUAAGAAUAACUCGGAUUCAUAUUUCAGCAUUCAAGAUACCCAAGGCCGCAUCGCAGAGUGAAGAAAACUAAUAGACAGUACUGGAAAAAACAAGAGCACUCACACUCGCAGCACAACCGGCCAAGGCUGAGCAAUCCCCCCAAACUGUAUCCUGUUGGAUAAAAUCUGGAUCCCUCCCAAAAUGUCAUCACCUGUUACCAUGCACAAGACCUCCAUCCAUCAUCGCCAGCAUAUCGCAGGGCACUUUAGAGUCUUUGAUUUACCUAGCCCCAAUCUGCAUGUCCUUGGACUGUGGGAGGAGCCGGAGAGAACCCACGCAUACACAGGGAGAACAUGCACCCUGGUUGAGCGGAACUGGGAUUCGAAUGCAGAAUCUUCUUUUAUGUGAUGCUGGCACUAACCAUUACACCAUCCCACAGUGCAGCCCCUCUGCGCAAGACCUAUCUUUGAUUUUUUUUUUUUUUUUUUUUAAAUGUUCAUGCAAAUUAACUUUUUGAGGAAUCCCGCUAAGGAACAGACAAACAAAACCAAUCACAUGGCAUCCUUGACGGAGGUAAAAGAAAAUAACCAAAAGAAGAGAAAGAACAGACAGUGGCAAUGAUUGGUGGAGAUCAUGUGAUCUAGUUGUCAAACGCAGACAGUGAGAGACGGAAUGAGUCUAACAGUAUUUGUGGUGUUUCUGAUCACUUUGGUCGCGCCAGUAGGUUCGCCUACGACAGACAGGGGGCGACAGAGGGAAGAGAGACGGCCCGAGGGGGGACGGGGGGUGGGGCGAGGGAAAGAGAGAGAGAAUAAACCCCGCCCGGCUGGUAGGGGGAGGAGCGCCCAAUCACACCAGCACCCUCUGUGAAGAGCUGCAGUGAGUGAGUUAGUGAGGGAGGGAGGAGGAAGGAAACCUCGCCGGCGCAGACAAAAGACUUUGGAGCUUGUUUUCCACCUCUGGUACAAGUGGACGGACGAGGCAAAUUUAAACUCUGGGAUUUAUUUCACUCUUAAAAAAAUAAAAUCCUUUAACUUUUGGACGUUACUGUUUUUUUGUUUUUACCGUGGAAUCUUAUUUGGACUUUGCAUUGAUAUUCCCUUUUUUUUUUUUCUUCUUCUUCUUUUUUUUUUUACACAUUUACAGCUUUGACAUCGAGUUAUUUUCGGAGCCGUCACUGACAUGAACCCUCCGUCCAGACCACCGAACCGGUCCGAUGGCGCGUUAACGGCACGAGAGGAGAGCGGAGGAGGGGACUCGGCCUCGGCGCAAAGCUCCCGGUUGAACGACAGCAGCAGCAGCAGCAGCAGCGAGCGCAACUCCGGCUCCACCGGCUCCACCGGAGGAGGAGGAGGAGGAGGAGAGCCGGAGUCACCGGCGCGGUGCAGAACCAAAUCCACCGUCGACACUUUAGGCGUGUUUCGGAAGAGAUCCAUAUUCGCGCCCCCGCGCCGCUCCUCCAGCGGAUACUUCUCCUUCGACGGCGACUCGCUGCCGCUCUCCCCGCGGCCGGUGGCGACGGCCGACCGGGCCACGCAGACGCCGAGCCCCGCCGGCCAGGCGAUGGAACACGCCCUGCAGCGCAUGGCCGAGGCGCGCGGCGGACGACCGGGGACGCAGCAGCAGCGGCGGCACGGAAGCUCCCCCAGCCGCUCUAGCACACGGCAACGAAACGCAGCAGGGGACAUGCAGGCGGAGGCCGUCGGACAGGAGCUCCGACGCUUUGGAGACGACUUCAACACACUCCUUCUGCUAAGGAGGGUGGCGGGCGGACGUAGACACGUCAUCCGGCCGAUCCGGCUGCCGCGCAUCCACCAGGAGCCCACCGUGUUGUUCUGCGUCGGCCUCCUUCUCCUCGUGAUCGGACGGAUGAUCUACUGGCCCGGCGUGAGCAGCCACGACCACUCUCAGGUCUAGCCUCUGGAAGACCCAGCAGACGUAGCAAAUUUUUCCCUUCGACAAUGUCUUUGGCUUUUUGGAUCUAUCACAUCGUGAGUCUUUGUGUUGUGGGGGACCUCGUUGUUACUCUCCAUCCUCUGGAGACUCUGGACUCCGCCUUUCUUAGUUUCGAUGGAGGCUAUUCGUGAACACCUUUAAGGAAUUUCUCGAAAUUCUUUGUAUCUUUUUGAUUUUGCACCUGUGGUUUUUUCCUUGACGGUCCCUGAGCCCUUGCGAUGCAACCAAAGAGCCUGGAUUUUGCACUUCCUCCCGUGCAGAGGCGGUCACGUCACCGACAUAUGCCGCUCUGCAAAUCGACACCUGUGGAAAUUCAAAUGUGCCUUUUUACCGUUGUUUGUUUUAUGCUUUUUUCUUUAGCUACUUUUAAGGCGUUUUGGGUUUUUUUGUACAGAGCUUAUGAAUUGCCUGGGCAAUCAACUCUGCAGACCCAGGGUUGUUAAAGUACGCGGGUCCGGUUGACUGAGUUUUUUCCCCAGAUCUUUUCCCCUCUGGAAGUUUCAGGCAGUGAAGUAAACGAUGCACUCCCGUCCCGUUAGUACCCAGCAUGCAACAGACUCGUGACCUGCGUGGGAACCAACUGGGCCAAAGCAUUUUUUAUCACAGUGUUCCUCAGUGACUGCGCCAUUGAACCUUUUUGCUACCAUGAAAUUCACGACUUCUUGUUCUUGCAUUGUCGCUUAAAUUAGAGUCAACUGUACGUCAGCCACCGAAAUGAAUUGUGACACAGAUGUUGAGAUCAUCAAAAGCCAUGUCUGUGCUGUAUUAUACAGAUGCCUACAACAAAAACAAGCUUAGACUGGAUUGAUAUUCCAGGGCGACGUGGUCCUCGGGAGCGACACCCCUUUUUUCAGGAUGGAAUUCACGCUCUUGACUAAUUCCAGCGUUUGGCUCAUAAAAGACGGGAAUAUUGAUCAUCACCCGCCGAGGUAAUGAAACAAAACAUCAGGACGUGGAGAUCUUGCCCUGGACUGAUCAGCACAUUCUCUUUACUAAAAGAAUGAAUACUGUUCCAAUGCAGCUUCAUCCUCCGUUUGCAUUCAUGAUAAAAUGUCCAUUUAGUUUUUUGGUGUCAUAUUGUUUAGUUCCUGCUUCCGCAAACAUGUAAUCAGGCGAUCUGCUUUUAAUCACUUCAAAAGGUACGUUAGGUAGACGCACGAAGCGUGCAGAUUUUAAUAAAUGUAACUUGAACAUUUCAGAACCACUUUUCUCACCAAAUACCAGCCGUGUCCACCGAUCCAUGAAAAGCAUUAAGGGGAUUCAUUCUCCUCUUUGCUUUGGUUGUACUCCGUCAGUGAAACAUAGAUUUAGCACAUUAACAAUCAAAAAGCAGGAGCAGAAUGAAUUCACUUGUUAAUAAAUUGAGAAGAAUUUAAGCUGCCCAACUCAAAACUGCAAGAUUUACAAGCAUUUACUCAUUUAAAAUGUUUAAAACUGUGUCAUUUCUCAAGGUCAUGUUUAUACGGAGCCCUGGAAGGGACAUAGAGGGGAUUUUAAAAUUCACGGCUUGCGCUAAGUAGUCUCUUCAGAUGUCUCUCACUUAUAUUAAAACCGGGUCGACUGCCUAGCAUUGAUUUAAUGUCUUCAUAUCUGAGGCCAAUGUCAAAUUUGAACUCUAUGCAUUCCGCUGUUGUUCUUUGGGUUUGUUUCUGGUUUCCGGACCCGGAAGCACGCUGAAGGUUUUGAAAAACCUUUGCGAGAUCUGUCGAAAGUACAUCUUUUCUUUGCAUUUCAUUUUUUUCCUUCAGGGGCUCCGUACACUUCACGUUUACAAACCUUAUUUUGACCCGUGUUUUGUUUAAUGUUCUUCCACAACAAUAAGCCAUCGAGCCAGCACCAGUCUCCCGCUUUUGUUUCAGCCUCUGACAUUCACCAUCAGCGGCCGGACUGGACGCAGCUCGGGUUUGUUUGACGAGGUCAUGUCAUCCGUUUAUUAGCACAGUGAGUCGGGCCCCAGGCCAAGUCUCCUCUCUCUCUCUCGCCCGCCAGCUCGUUAAACACUCACGACUGGAAAACCAAACGCUGAAUGAAGCAGAGUCCAAGAGGGGUUUUUUUUGGGCCCCAACUUGUUAUCUCACAGAAACAGCAAACAGUGGUGAUACAGGCUUCAAAUCAGGCACAUUCAUUCUUUAUCUCUGUGCUUAUGAAAACAUCGGCUCUGGACUUUGAGAGAACUGAUACAGCAGCUUGUCAAAGUGUGAAAAACCUUAUAUGCAAAAAAAAAUAAUAAUAAUUAAAUGAAAUGCCUGCUCCUUUGUUUGCACAAAUAUCUGAAUAUCUUCAGUUUGAAAUAUUUGAUUGUGACUUAUGCAAAAAAAAAGAAUAAAAAAUUGACCCAAGCACCUUAAAAUGAUCCAGAGUUCAUGCGUGUUCAACUGUGAUGUUGUCCAACCAGUUAAUCUUCAUCAGUGAAGCCGUCUUCCUUGUUAGAUAAAAUGUUAAUCUCCCCAAAAAACAAUACCGUAAUCCAGACUGGGGUUUGGAUUUUCCAUUUUUUUUUUAUGUAAUUUGAAAAUGUCCAUCUUUGGCGUGUGAAGGUUUGGCCAAA